CUGAGACAAAACAUGGCGGCUAGUGAUAGUAAACACCAACUUCUAUCAGCUCAAGAACACAUCCCAACGUGUGAGAAACACAAUUUUACAAUAGACAUAACAUGUGAGGACUGUGAUGAGUUUAUUUGUUCACAAUGUGCCAAAACAGACCACAAGGAUCACGACUGGAAGACUAUAUCCACAGCCGGAAGUCUAAAGAGAAGAGAGCUCAAGAAGACUCUGAGCAAGGUUAAGGAAGAAGAUCUGAAAAAUAUGGAUAAAAACAUUAAGAUGGCAACCAAACAAAAGGAGGACAAUCUAAAAUGUUGCAAUUCUGAAAUCUCUAAGCUUCAGAAACAUUAUGAUGCGAUUGUUUCUAUACUUAAUGAAACCAAGAAGAAUUUUGAGACUAAGUUGAGAGAAAAUCUGAAAACAAAAAAUGCUAAAGUUUGUGAGAAAAAAGUAGACUUAGAAAAGAAAAGAGAAAAUAUCAAAGAUCUUGUGAAAUUCCUGGAAGAAAAGCACAAUACCAUGUCUGACUAUAGUUUGAUAGACAACCUCAGAGACUUGAGAAGCCUCGUGUCUAACAUAGACAGUGAUAUAGAGAAUGGAGAUCUUUCAUUGCGAUAUAAAAUAGGAGACAUUCGUGAAGGAUCUCUGGAAUCAAUGACGGGACAAACGUUUGAUUUGGAUGACAUUUAUGUUACUGAGAGAGACACGUUUCAAUAUAAAGAUAAUGAAGAUGAUAUAUUAAGUUUUGUACAAGCAAUAAACGAAGAUACGUGUUUUGUAAAGGAUGAUUUUGAUUCAAAAUUCAUUGAACGAAUUAACAUAAAAAAUAAGAAAAAAGAAGAAAAAUUCAAUAUAAAUGUAAAUGACAUAUGUGUAACAGACAACGGUGAUGUGUAUGCUACUGAUGAUGAUAGCAACUCCAUUGUUCGUCUGUCCCCGUCAGGCUCAGUCUCUACAGUAUUCAGUACAGCUCCACUGACACUAGGGGGAAUCUGUCAAUCAACAGAAGGGGGACUGCUGGUCACGUUGGGUGAUAGAGAGCCAGAACCAUUUCAACCAGACUCUCACAGCAGAUGUCUGGUCAGACACGUGACACUGACCGGUGACGUCAUCCGUGACUACGAGUACCAGGAGGACGGUCAGACCAGGCUGUUUUCUGUACCAUGGAGAGUCAGACAGAACGGUAACACUGAUAUAUGUGUAGUUAACAUGACAAGUGACACUUUAAGUGAGCUGGUGAUACUAUCUUUAUCUGGAUCCUUGAAGUUGAUCUACCGUGGACAGGACAUAGAGGAAUGUCGUAUAAUUGAUGUUCUGUGUGACUCUCACUGCAACAUCAUUGCAUGUGAGAUAUUUUACAGCCAAAUCCAUCUCCUGAGUCCUGAUGGAGAGUUCUUGAAGUACUUACUGACAGAGGAUCAAGUUACACACCCGAUGUCCAUAUCUCUUUAUAAAUCCGCACUCUGGGUUGGCAACAGAUACGGACUUCUCAAAGUGUUCCAGUACAAAUUAUAAAACAACAUUACUGUGUUAAAAGUGUCGCUGCUUAAUAUUUAACAAGUACACCUAUUGAAUCAAACUUUAAUAAAUAUGCACAGACAGUUGUAGUAUAACUUUCAAGAUCUACAUGUAUGUACCACUUUCAUGUAUCUCUCAUAGUCCAUUAUAGAAAUUCAUGUUGUAAUGUACACGUUGGUUUCAAAUUUUCUCAAACUGCAUAGAAUAUAAUCAGAAUAUACGGGUAAUAAGACUUAUGUGUUAAAUCAAGUAAAAUGUAUCAGACAGUUACUGAAGAGGCCAUUCGAUUUAUUGUAGAUCAUUUGUAUACAUGUAUAUAUUUUUUAGUAUAGAGUUUCUAUAUUUAUGUGCAUGUGGUAUGCUAACGAAAUUACCAAUUCAGAUCAAUAGUAAGGAAAUAUCUUUUGUUAAAAAAAUAAUUUUAAGAAAUUACAUCGAAAUAUUUAGAGGGUUUUUGAACAAUUAUUUUACUUAGUACGGCAUGACAAUUUUCAACAAAUGAAAAAUAGUAUGUUUGAUGUGGAAUUUAAUGAACACAUUUGUACCUUCGUUUCCCUCCCUUAUGAACACAUUAAUUGUGUACCUGCGUUUUCCUCCCUUUUAAUUUCUAUUCACCACAACCUUCAAAGGAUUUUAUCAUCUGAUUAUUUUCUCCAGUCUUUAAAUACCAAUCACUGCAAAAAGGUAUGUAACAUGUUACCCAUUUUCUGUAUAUAAAUAUGUCCUUAUAUUUAGUUUGGUUAUCAAUUUUAAACUUGCAUUUACAUCACCUGGUUCACAAAAAGCAAUGCACAAGCCAUAACAGUAUUAAAUUAAGAUCAUUCACCGCAUUAUCAUGGUAUUCAGAAAGCAAAACUGAUUGAUUUUCCACUAAAAUGUACAAGCUACCCGGGCCAUUUACUUCGGAAAAAACUUGAAAGACAAGGUACAUAGACUGGGAAGGAACUUCUACUGCUGCCUUCUCAAGCUUUAGGGAACAAGGAGUAGGGUUGGAAUUCUGUAAUCACCAAUGUAUGCUGAAAUAAAAUACUAAGUAGUUCCUGAAGUUAUCGAAUUGAAGUUUUCGAAUUACCUUUCCUGUUGAUGCCUAGUUUCAGCAGGGAAUCAUUGACCAAACUCAAAUCAGCAAUCAGCAUAUAGUUACAAAGUGUGACAAGUCUUCUUUAAUAAUGGUAGGUAAGCAUGUUCCUUGCAAUUGUUCAUUGCAUAGCUAGGUAACGUUGAGCAUGUUCUGUUACCCUUGAUUGACAUUUCCAAGCCUGUAUCUUUGAUUGACGUUCUCAUAAAAUUACAAAAAUGAAAUGAUAAUGCACAUUUUUCAACAAUAAAUAUUUUUAUUCAAUAUAUGCGCAUUUAUAAGAACAUUCUUGUGUGCCCUUACUUUAAGACAAUUCUCUAAUCAUUUACUUUAGUAGUACAAUUUGUAAUAAAAACAAAAAACAGAUUUAUAUCAAAAUAUCUAAAGUAUAAAACAUUCAUUAGCAUUUUAUCACAAAUAAGCAGUAACACAGUCAUUCACAGUAAUAACCAAAGGGACGUAAUCCAACGUACUGUAGUCAGUAUAUCAACCAGCGGUUGUAUAAUUUUUGAAUGCAGUAAAUUACAUAUGAUAAACUUACUUUAAAUUUUACACUUUUCCUUAAAUAAAAAAUAAGACUUCUCUCUGAGAUAUCUUCAGUCAAAUUUAUAUAUACAUGUAUGAACACACCUGUACAUAUGUGAAGUACAAUGUAUGUCAUUUAUGUGUAUUGGAAAUAUAUCUCAAAAGCCACCUUUUCAAUCAAAAAGAUUAGAGAAGGGGUUGUUCUACUUACACAUACAAAUAAACAUAUCUUACAAAUGGCAAUGCGUUAAAGAUAUAUGCUGAUGCAAAAAAUGAAAUUCUGAUCUAAAACUUCAUAUGCACUAAAUUAAUGUUUUAGCUUAUAAUAACAUUUCCAUACACAAAGGCAACAUUUUAGUCAAUAUUUAAGCUGCUUAGGUAUAUUAAAUUUGUGAAAAAUGUUGUAAUAGUAUAUCUUAUUUUUUGUUUAAUCUAGUUUUAUAAAUUGAAAUGAAAUAAGAGAAUUUAAAUGGAACAUAAGUGCUUUGAAAAAGAAACAAAAUGUAGCAGUACGAAUUAAAUAUGGCACAACUAAAUCUGACCAAAACAGCGGCAUGACUUCUGCAUUAACUAUUGAUUUCAUGUACUAUGCAGCAUUUCCAUGUAUAUGUAAAAUAAGUAGAACAUAUCACCUAUUUUACCCAGUCAACUUCAUUCACUGCAACAUGUCGACUGAGUUCACACAAUAUAGCUACUAACUUUAAGUAUGAGUUCACUUAUAACAACUGAUUUGUAUAAUACAAGAUGACUACUGAGUUUUCAAACCUGUGCUACAGCAUGACUAAUGAGCACUCCAUACAAUACAGCACUAUAUACUGAGUAGAAAUAGACAACAUGACUACCAAUCUAUUUAUUCCACAUCAUGACUACUGAGUGACGUCUAUUGACUGUAUAGUAGAGCCUGUCUAUUUAGUCAUUACAUCACAUAGUGACAACUGAGUUCAUGAAGUUCAACAUAUCUACUAAGUUUUCAUAAAACAGCUUGACUAUUGUGUUCAUUUGACAUAGAUAAGUACUGAUUUCAUAUGGUAGAGCAUUACCACGGAGUUCACACGGUAAAGCAUAAUUAAGCACAUUUACCAUUGGACAGCACUGCAAGACUUAAACAUCCAAAUCAAAUGGGAAUCUGUUGAUUAUGAUAAGA